UUCUUCUUCUUCUUCUUCUUCUUCUUCACUUCCGAUUUCUACUUUAUCCGAUCAGAUCAGCGCCGGCGAGAAUCUAAGAAGAUGAGUGGUGAAGUUGUAUUAGCUGCUAGAGUAUACCGUGACCUUCUCAAAGCAGUGGUGAAACAUAUUGGUAAAGAAGACCACAAGGCUCAUUUCUUAGACUUUGUUAAGCAAGAGUUUAGGAAGAAUGUAUCAAACUCGGAGAAGAUGAACCUCGCCCGCAAUUACGCGUAUCUUCUUAAUAGCAUUCAUUCUCACAAGGAUUUGCUCUUCUCAUACAACAUUGCGGUUGAUAGAACUGAAGAAAUGAAACGCGUGCUUAAUAAAUCUGCAGCGAGUGUAGGGCUUCGUCUUCCCGAGGUUUACGAGUCUUGAUCAAUGCAUACGCAUUCCGAGAGAUGAGUUGUUCGGGUUUCUUCAUUUCUUUGGACAGAUUUUGGGUAAAAUUUUGAAUAAAUGUGAUACUAGAUAGAUGUAGCCACUAGCCAGAGAGCUCUUCUCUUUUAAGAUUCUAAGUAUUGACAUAUUGACAACACCCCAGAUGUGUGGGUUACAAUUUUUGUUGUGUUGUACCGCAUUUGUUUUGGCAUAGCAAUAUGCCAAUAUGUGUAUCAAGAACAUAUUUAUGUUCUGAAGCCACCAAUGGAAGAGAACUCUGAAGCAAUUGCAGAUUCUGAUAUAAAGAAGCCUGCCAAAGUAA